CCGACACUUUUUGCCCGUGAAAUCUUGCUGCGCUCGCUACGCUAUCUCACUCACUUCGCUACCGCUCUCGCAAGCUCUUGAUGCUAGCUCUCUCCGCACAGAAGCUUGUUCCGCGCCCACAACCACAACCCCCGUCCCCAAGCCAUCGCAGCAGGCAUCCGUUUGCGAUAGGAGCCGGAGUCUGCGCCAGCGCCGGCUUGCCCGGUGCAACUUGCAAGGACGCAUGAUCCUUGCGCAUCAAGACACCCGCGCGAUUCCAUCGAUGUCGAUUGAAUGCCGCCCGUCCUCAACCCUUUCUUGCGGGCCUUCUUCCGUAGCACUCUUCCCAGCCAGUGCUCGCCAGUGCACCACCACGUGCUCCUAGUCCCGACUACCGAAGUCCUCCUCAGCUCCCGCGACCGCGACACGAAUGCCUCGUACGCCGAUCUGAGCGGCUCCGAGGAGUUUCUCGCCAGCCAUGUCCUCCGAGUGCCCGGCGGCGUAGGCCCCAACAACCAGAUCAAGGACGGAUCGAGCUUCAGGGAGACCCGGGGGAAGGCCAAGCAGUAUUCGACAGCAAACGGCCGCACCGUCAUCAUCAAGGACGCUUUUGUCUACAGUAAUAAAGGCUUCAAAACGCUGAACCAAGCUCAGCUGCUGAGCGACACCAUCUUCUAUCCGGACGCCUUUGAUGCUCCGCCCUGGCUGGUCUAUUUCAUUUCGCGGCCUUUGAUCGGGACAUACGAGGCCACUCCGAUCAUACCUGCUACAUUGCCAGGCACCAAGGAUGCUGAUCCCUCAGAUCUGGCGGGCCCGGGCUUGGCCGGAGGGGCAAGCGCAUCCAUGCCGCGAAAGAAGGAGGUCAAGUCUUUCGGAGACCUGCUAAAUCACUUCCCGAUGAUUGCCCGCCAGAUGCAGCCAGGUCUGGAGCGACUUUUCAAAGAGUUCGCAAGAGAGCUGGAGAGACCGCUGCCGCCCACCCCAUCACGAUCCUCACGGCGGUCCUCGAUGACUUCGCGGAGGAGGGGCUCCAUCUCUUCUUCUGAGAGUCUACCUGUCUCAUUGCAUAGCAGCGCGCCUCACGGAGCAAAUGGAUUCAUCUCGGCCCUGGAGAUUGACGACGAGGAGGAUGUGAUGAGAACAUCUCUUGAGACUGCCGUCACUGCGGGGAUCGACCUGUUCCAAAUGGUGGACAAGCAACAGCUAUCUCUUCUUGGGGCGACGACAGAUUUGACUGGACCGAUUGUUGAGCGGAUGAUUGAGCGGUACAUCACCGAGCAGGUUCACCACACCAUUCUCUUCCCCAGGCUGUGCUCUAUUCGAAGGUUCGAUGACGUUGAGCUCGAAGGCCGAAUCCGGCAAAUGAUGGACGUGGAUAUUUCACAAGUGGGGAUCGAUAUCGGAAAUGGUUCUAAAGGGAAGCGUGAGCUCGCGAUACGAUUGUCUAAAGGAGUGGAUAUCUUCAAGAAAAUGGGUGUUGCUGGGAGUCCUCAAGAGAUGGUCGAGAUACUUCUGGCAGUUCAGAAACACAUCACCAUGCCUGACGUUUCUUCAGAUACAAGUAGUCUCCGAUCGAAGGCCACGGCGAAUGGAGAUAGUUAUUCUGAGAAGCAGGACAAUAUGCUCACCAUCAACGCCGAUACGCUCGUUUCGUUGCUUCUCAUCGUUGUCAUUCGAUCUCCUGUGCGACAUCUGCAGGCCCGGUUAUCUUACAUGCGACAUUUCAUCUUCAUUGACGACGUCGAGAGCGGAGAAAUGGGAUACGCCUUGAGUACAUUUGAGGCAGUCCUUUCUUACCUCGCGAGGGAUUCAGGGGGACUGCGCAAAUCGAGUCGGCGGAACAAGAAAUUGUGGCAAGCGACGAAGGCUGGGGAUAUUGCGACGAUGCAGAGUGUCCUUGAACCUGAGAGAUCAUUCCAUGAAGAUAUGAUAGAUCACGAAGAUAUAGGGGAGGAUCGUUGUGAAAACCUACGCCCUGUCCGCUUUGCCAGUCUCGCAGACUUGUCUUCCUUAGGCGGAACUACCAUCAAUGGCGUUUAUGAACCUCGUCGCAGACGAAAUAGCUCAUCGCACAGUCAUCGACGAGGCGAAGAUGGCCCUCUAGCACACAUCUUUCCCUUUCAACGAGCUCCAACUCCCCCACCAUCGAACCGUCCGAAGGCGAAGAAGGUCUCCAUGGAUACGCGAAGCCUUUCCAGCUCGUCUGCGUAUUCUUUCAGGUCACGCACAAACACCCUUGAUUCUCGUGGAAGUGUAUUUGAAGGGGAUACAUCGAUCGAGAGGCUUUCUCGAACGCAAGGCCAGGAAGGAGAAUCAGUCUUGAUGAUGGCGGUCGAGAGCAAACAAGACAAGGCCCUUCAGUAUUUACUGAGUCUUACUGAGUACUACACCGUUGAUGUCGUACUCGAAGACUGCAAUAAUGAGGGAACAACGUUGCUGAGUGCCGCAGUUCAGCUCGCCCAUACAAAGACGACGGAUGUGCUUCUCACAUACAUCCUUGAUAAUGCUCCUGACGAGGUAGCCAUCAGUUACUUCGCAAAGCAGGACUCUAAAGGUCGAUGCUUCGCGCAUUAUCUCUUCAACCAGCCUCAGCUCAUUGAUCGAAUUGGUCAUCUUGUGCCCUGGCGGCUAAAAGACAAAAACGGGCAAACUCCAGUGUUCGCUCUCUGCAGGUCCUAUGACCACGACCAGUACAGAGACAUGGUUGACAAAGCGCUUCUAGCUGCGACAAGGGCCCAGGGCGAUGGACAGCCUCUCCAUCUUGACGAGCAUAUUGACGGCAAGGGAAACAGCCUGCUUCACAUUAUCAAUGAUCCUCAGAUUGCGGUGAAGCUGUUGUACCGCUGCGAUUCGGAUGUCAAUGCACCAAACGACAAGCAGUUCACGCCGCUCAUGGUCGCCAGUAAGUACGGUCGUACCGAUCUCGUACGAGUUUUGUUCCAGGAUCCGAGAGUCGAUCUAUCUGUCAAGGAUGUGCGAGGACUCACUGCCGUCGAACUUGCCAAAGAUGACGAGGUUAGAAAUCGCAUAGACGAUCUUGUGCUCCUGUCCACUGAACCUGGACCCGAUGGUCGAACAACUACGGUAGUAAGGUCUUUCUUCGUGGAAGAUGGGACCAUCAGACUAGUCUUGAAGUCUGGAGCACCGAAUGGAAAUUCGACCAUCACCGUCACAACCUGCCGUCGCUCUCUUCUCGACUUCGAGAAUCUUGCGAAAUGGCUUAGCCAAGAGCAUCCUGCGUCAUGGCUACCGUCUCUCAACAAUCUUACUUCACCCUUCCUAAUACCGUCAAGGCCUUCUCGCUCAAUACUGCGCGAUAUCCAACUCCGUCUAGAUGCAUUCCUGAAGAUUCUCCUCAUACACCCCACCUUCUCUACCCAUGAGAUGGUGUGGGAAUUUUUCCUUGUCCCGGAUAUUGAUCCGUCAAUGCUUGAGGAAAGGUCAAGAAGAAAAGCCGAAGCUCGCGUGGAACGCGUCCGGGAGGAAUUCACUCCUAUAUACGACGUGCGUGAAGUCGAGCUCUUCAUACAACAUGCCCGCGAAUCAGUGCGCUCCUUGCAUCAUGCUUCAAAGUCAGUUCUUCGAAGGACCAACAAAUUGCGCUCCGCAUCCUCCGAUCUCACCGAUGCCGCUAAGCUUUCCAACACUGCAAUCCAUUCUCUCACUUUCCUGCCAGAGGGACAUCAGAGGGCGUUAGAAAGAUAUACGAAGACUAUGGUACAGAGCGAGGCAAGCCCUCUAGCAGGCUUUUACUACAGCAUGUACGCGAUAUCUAGUACAACUACCGCCAUCCUCGCUGCACUCAAUCGGCCCUCUACCCUGAUCAGUUCCAUGUCAGCAACCCAGAAAGCCGUUGAUCGCCACCAUCUCUCAAUUCGCCGGUCGGAUCGUUGGCCACUGGGUCUCCUUGAUGAUGCACGUAAUCGAGUACAAAGAGACGCACAAGAGAAAAUGGACAGAGCUGCAGAGGAUUUGGCAGGUCUUGGGAGAGAACUUCGAUACACGCAGCAAGUUGUUGCGGGCGAGCUUGCUAGCUGGCAGGAAGGCAGAGUAAAUAUGGGACGCAAAUCUCUCAAAGCCCUGGCUAAAAAGAUGGUUGUCACUGAGAGGGCAAGGCUAGAGAGUAUGAGAAGAGCUGUUCGAGAAUUAGGGAUUGGGAUGCCAAGGAAACCCAGUAGCCAAGCCAGCUCAAGCCAAUCAGCCAAUUCCAGGGACAUUUGCGAGACUGAGGCGGAAGCUGAGUGUGGCCGAAUUGAGCAUGUCAUCGAUGAGGAAGAUCUAGGAGAAGGUGUCUAUAGCGACUAGGAUGUCACUAAAGAUGUGCGCCUACUGCCGCCGAAUGGGGAAGGCCAGUAAUGAUUUUCUUCGAUUUUUGUUCAUAUAUUUGGAGUUGUUUGAAUAGACUAGGUACAAAGGAACCAGGGGUUUGAAAGCCUUCUGAAGCACGCAUCAGCGGUGGCGCGCAGGCGCAAUAUGUUCCAUCUGGUCUCAAGCUACGAAUAUAGCGGGAAGAGAUAUUGUAAUAUACCAAUCUUCAUAUCUGGUCUUUAGAAUCC